UUUCGUCACACCACCUCUACGGAGAAAGAGAAAUGGAAAAUGUGCAUCUGGCUCUAGAGGAGGAUGAUCUUUAUUCGGGUUACAACGACUAUAAUCCAACAUUUGACUCCGAGGAGUUGGAGAAUGAUUUGGGCUUCCAGCAAGCAGUGCGGACAAGUCAUGGAAGAAGACCCCCGAUGACUGCCAAAUUUCCUGGCACUGCCAUUGGAGCUCGGCCUAUAGCUUCUUCCUUUGGAUCUCGGGUCCCUAUGACCUCUUCAAUGGGCAGACCCAUGACUGGAGCUGUGCAGGAUGGAGCCGCCCGACCAAUGACUGCUGUCAGAGCAGCAGGUUACACCUCCUCCCUGACCCGUGGCUCAACCUUUGACCCUCUAGGCCAGUCCAAAGGCCCUGCACCUCCACUUGAAGCGAAGAAUGACGACACGCCUGAGGAGAAAAUCAAGAUCCUGGAGAAGAAAGUGAAUGACCUGAUAGAAGAGAGCUGCAUGGCACAGAGUGUGGGAGCCUUACAACUGGCUCUUGAAAAAGCCAAAGAGGCAGGGAGGAAGGAGCGCAUGCUGGUGAGACAGAGGGAACAGUCUGGCAAUGCAGACCACAUCAAUUUAGACCUCACCUACUCAGUUUUGCUCAACCUUGCCAACCAGUACGCGAACAAUGAAAUGUUCCCAGAGGCCCUAAACAGCUACCAGGUCAUUGUGAAGAACAAGAUGUUCAGUAAUGCAGGCCGAAUGAAAGUCAACAUGGCCAACAUCUACUUCAAACAGAAAAACUACCCCAAAGCCAUCAAGUUCUACCGGAUGGCACUGGACCAGAUCUCCAACGCUCACAAGGAAAUGAGGAUCAAAAUCAUGCAGAAUAUCGGCGUGGUCUUCGUCCGCAUGGGCCAGUACUCAGAUGCCAUAACGUCCUUCGAACACAUUAUGAGUGAGAGCCCCAACAUCAAGACGGGCUUCAACCUCAUCCUGUGCUACUACGCCAUCGGUGACAGGGAGAGGAUGAAGAAGGCCUUUCAGAAGCUCAUUUCUGUCCCUCUGGGCAUUGAUGAAGAAGACAAGUACAUCCCAUCUAAUGAUGACACCAGCGCAAAUAUGGUCAUCGAGGCCAUUAAGAACGACAAGCUUCACCAGAUGGAGAGAGACCUAAAAGUUCUCGCUGAGAAGUACAUCAUGACCGCAGCCAAGCUCAUCGCCCCGGCUAUUGAGACUUCCUUUGCUACUGGUUUUGACUGGUGUGUGGACAUGGUGAAGAGCUCUCAGUAUGUUGAGCUUGCCAAUGAUCUAGAGAUCAACAAAGCCAUCACCUAUCUGAGACAGAAGGACUUCAACCAGGUUGAGGCAGUAGAAACCCUGAAAACAUUUGAGAAGAAGGACAGCAGAGUGAAGAGCGCUGCAGCCACCAACCUCUCUUUUCUCUACUUCCUGGAGAAGGACUACGACCAGGCUGACCGAUAUUCUGAUCUCGCCAUGAACGCUGAUCGCUACAACCCAGCGGCACUCAUCAACAAGGGCAACACCGUGUUCUCCAAGCAGGACUAUGAAAAGGCUGCAGAGUUCUACAAAGAAGCACUGAGGAAUGAUUCCUCCUGCACCGAGGCCCUCUACAACCUGGGUCUCACCUAUAAGAAACUGAAUCGCCUGGAGGAGGCUCUGGACUGCUUCCUGAAGCUCCAUGCCAUUCUGAGGAACAGCGCCCAAGUCAUGUUCCAGCUGGCCCACCUCUAUGAGCUUCUGGAGGAUCCCCAACAGGCAAUUGAGUGGUUGAUGCAGGUCAUCAGUGUAACUCCCACCGACCCCCAGGCACUGGCCAAAUUGGGGGAGCUGCAUGAUGGCGAGGGGGACAAGUCCCAGGCUUUCCAGUACUACUACGAGUCCUUCAGGUACUUCCCCUCCAACAUCGAUGUGAUUGAGUGGCUCGGAGCGUACUACAUCGAGACCCAGUUCUGUGAAAAGGCCAUUCAGUACUUUGAAAGAGCCACACUCAUACAACCAACACAGGUGAAGUGGCAGUUAAUGGUGGCGAGCUGCUACAGAAGAAGUGGAAACUACCAGAAAGCUCUGGAAACGUAUAAAGACAUCCACCGCAAGUUCCCAGAAAAUGUAGAAUGUCUGCGUUUCUUGGUGAGGCUGUGCACAGACAUGGGACUGAAUGAAGUUCAAGAAUACGCCACCAAGCUGAAGAAAGUGGAGAAGAUGAAGGAGAUCAAAGAACAGAGGGUGAAGUCGGGGCGAGAAGGCAGUGCCAGAGGUCGGAGAGAAGGCAGAGAGGGCAGCGCUGGGAGUGCUGUAUCUCAAUCUGAGUCUAAACAACUCAGUCCACUGUUGGACUCAGAGAGAGACAGCAGCCACAGCAGCAACAGCACUAAAGGAGAGCGGCUGAGCGCCAAGAUGAGGUCACUUCCUGCCUCCAAUGAGCCCUACGAGGCCAGCAGCCAAAAAGAACUAGACGCGUCCUAUGUGGACCCACUGGGGCCUCAGAUGGAGAGACCAAAGACGGGAGCCAAGAAGCGCAUGGAGGAUGACGACUUUGCAGAUGAAGAGCUGGGAGACGACCUGCUGCCGGAGUAGCUGCCUGAGUCUGAAUGAACAUUUUCUCUUUUGUCACCUUUCGGAAGGCAAGAGCACAAAGCUUCACCACAAAACCAAAACAUUUUAAACUCAGCUCUUUUUAGCAAAAAAACAUAAACGUUACGGGAUAAGAGAGUCCAGUGACUGUUAUUCCUCUACUGUUUACAUCAGCGGUCCAGGAGUUGGAUGUUUGUACCUCCAUCAAAUUGGUCAACUUUGCAUGAAAACAUAUCGGCGUAGUGCUGAUUUUUCAAAGGUCAAUAUUUAUACAAAUCCAUUUAGCAGAGGAAUACCUAUCUUCAUGGAACAAAUGGCGAAACGUUUCACAAGAAGUUACAGUGCAGUUUGUAAGUAUUUGGACAGAUUCGUUGAAGCUCUGUACUCCGGCACAAUGAGUCUGAGAUGAAACAAUUACGAUGAGGUUGAAGUUUUGACAUUUAGCUUUAAUUUGAACACACUUACAUUCAUUUUUGAUGAAGUGUUUAGAAAUGAUAGACAUUUUUGGACAUACAUUUCCUCCCAAGAGUAAACAGGCUACGAGCCCUGUGCAGUUCAGCCAGUGUGGAUGAGAAGGAUCAGGCAACAACAAGUUUUGCAUUUUUACCUCAACGUCACCUUUUCAUUUUAAAUCCAGUGUUGGAGCACAGAGCCAAAAAUAGUGAAAAACAUAUCGCUGUCCUAAUAUUUUUUUGACUGCGCUGUAUGUUUCCAUAUGUGAGCUUGGUAACCUUCUGGAAAAUCCAUCAGCACAGUAUAGCAGACUUCAUGUGAUGUAUCAACUGAAAGGGUUAUCUUACUUUCUGCAUUUUGUACUUUGCAAAUUCCAAAAAAUGUGUAUUUGUAGUAUAAUAUUUAUUUUUUUCUUGUCUACUCAUUUGUAUGUCGUUUAUUAUAUAA